AUGACCAGCCGCUCCAAUGAAUUCAGCAGCCUCAGCAGCAGCUCUCUCUCGUCUUGGCAGGCAUCAUGGAACCAGAACAGGGGCAGCUCGGUGGUGACAGCCUCUGAACACGACGGCUGCAGCAGCCCUGGUGGUCCAGCCAGCAGAAGCUUCAGCACCUCGAGUCUUGGUGGAUACACGUCUUCCUCUUGCCCAUCCGUCUUCAUCAACGAGAAGCUCUUGACGCCGCUGCACUUAGACGUGGACCCCGUGUUCCGGGAGAGGAGGAAGCAGGAGAAAGAGGAGAUGAAAAUCCUCAAUGACCAAUUCGCAUCCUUAAUCGGGAAGGUCCAAUGCCUGGAGCAACAGAACAAGAUUCUCACAAUCAGGUGGAGCUUCCUGAGAGAUCAGGACAAUUCCCGUUCCGAGUCAGACAUCAAACUCCUCUACGACCAGUACAUGAGCAAACUGAAGCAAGAGAUGAGGGCUGUCGGCCACGAGAGAGAACAGCUGGAGUCCGAGUUGACUGAGGUGUUGAAGUCCAUGGAUAACAUCCGAAGCAGAUACGAGGAUGAAAUACAUAAACGGAGUGGCAUGGAAUUCACCUUCGUGGAGCUGAAAAGGGAUUUAGACGCUGGUUCCAUGCAUAGAACUGAGCUGGAGGUAAAACUGCACGGGCUUCAAGAGUUGAUGGAGUUAAAGAAAGCCGUGUACGAGCAGGAGCUUCAGGAGCUGCUGGCAGAAAUCAAGGACAUCUCCGUCGUCCUGGGGAUCGAUAACAGAUGCAACCUUGACCUGAGCCGCAUCGUGGAGGAAGUGAGGGCGCAGUAUGAAGCCCUGGCUUUCAGGAGCUGGGAGGAGGCAGAAGCCGUUACCUGGAGCAAGCUGAACGAAGGAACCACCCACUCCGCCACAUACAGGGACCAGCUCUUCAGCGGCCGGCGGGAGAUCGCGGAGCUGACCAUACACAUUCAGAAGCUGAGGACCAGCAUCGUGUCCCUGAAGAGUCAGUGCCUGCGUUUGGAAGAGGACAUCAAAGAGGCCGGGGGGGACGGCCAGUUUGCCCUCCGGGAUGCUGAAGCCAAGCUGGCCGAGCUGGAGGAAGCCCUGCAGAAAGACAAGGCGGACAUGGCUGGCUUGGUGAAGGAGUAUCACGAGCUGAUGAACAUCAAGCUGGCCCUGGACGUGGAGAUCCUCACCUACAGGAAGCUGGUGGAAGGCGAGGAGAGCAGCAUGGAGUCCCCGACAUGCCCUGUCGUCAGCAGCAUCCACUCCAGCCCUAGGCACUUUUCAUCCAUCUCCAGCUUCUCGGGGUCAUCCCAGCUGGCUUCUCGAGCGAGGGGCAAUUCUACCUACGGAGUGACCCGAAAUGGAGCGGUGGCAGAGGCCGUCCUCACCAGGAGCCAGAGCAGCGGCUCAGCAAGUCGGGAUGCAGGCGAAUGGCCCAGUGGGGCACGUCCGAAGCAUCGCUUGCUGUCCGAUGAAGAACACCGCCGUGUGGAGUCGAUCCCUGCGGAAUAGAUGCCAGACACGUUGACAACUGUGCCUGAACAAGACCAGAAUGCCUCCUCCUGAAGCCCAAUUCUUGCCAACGUCUGCGGGGCCAAGAAUGGGAAUCAACCUCAAACCAGUUCUUCCCAGUGUUUCCUUGACACCUUCCCAACUCCAUCACUGGUUAGAAGUGGGACCCCCAUCCUGGCAGAACUUUCUUUGAAUGUGCCCAAUUCUCACACCCCAGCCCCAGCAAACUCAUCCUGAUCCUAACUCCCUGAGGCGGGGCUCGUAAGGCUUAAUUCAUUGAUGUGCUUUGAGAUCUUCAAACUGAAAGCUCUGCAGAAGGAGAAAGUGUUAUUACUUAGGCUCCAACAAUGGUAAACUGAAGGAUAGUAGCAACAUAGUGGAAGGUAGCAUGGGGGAGCCUGGUGGGUAGAGCAUUGGACUCAGGAAACGUGGGUUCUAUUCCUGACUCUGCUGGGUGAGCCAUGUCCCUCCAUAUGCCUCAGUUUCCCCAUCUGUGAAAUGAGGAUAAGGUUAUUGACCUCCUUUGCAGAGCGGUUUGAGAUCUCAGUGCUAGAUAAGAGCUAAGUAUUAUGAGUUAUUUUACCAGUAUUACCAAAUGAUUUCUCGUGUUCCUUCUUACUUUCAUUCUUUGGUUUGUGCGGAUUUGCGUUAGGGUCUCUUUCACCAGCUGCUGAUGUGAUGCGUGCGAGCCUUCUCAGCCACAUGAGUUGGCAGAGUCUGUGUUUGGUGAGGUUUCACCCCUGGCGCUCUGGCUACUCAGGGGAAAAUUUUGUGUAGACCCAGAAUCUUCAGUCAAAGGCUUUUUUCCUACUGCCAGUGGGGACUCUGUCUUGAGGGUGUCUUUUAAAAAUAAAAUAAAAUAAUCGCGACCUCAGGUACGCUGGUGUAAAUCCGGAGCAACUCCGCUGACUUCAAAGGAGUCUGGCCCAGAUUCUGAUCUGAAUUACAGUGCUGUAAAAACGGGUUUACUUUACCUGGGUCAAUGGCGUUAGGGCUUGUCUGUAAUCUCAUUCCCACUAGCAUAAACCCAGAAUGACUCCACAGCAGGUUUAUCCUAGUGUGAGAGAGAUCUUAAAAGAAACCCGUACGUUUGUAAG